AGAAUUUGUCUGACGGCUUCAGAGUGACAUUUGCUUCUUAACCGUGCGCUAUUCGAUGCCAGGCAACUAUAAAGUGUGUGUGUCGUCUUAAGUUCAGACAAACAGACAAUACAAAGAACUGAAAGGAUAAACCGGUCCGCCGCGAGCAACAAGAUCGUGCAAAAGAGGAUGCUUCCCUCAUUCAGUUUCACUCCAGAACAAGUUGCGUGCGUUUGCGAAGUUUUGCAACAAAGCGGAGACAUAGAACGUCUAGGAAGGUUUCUAUGGUCUCUUCCCGAGUGCGAAACCAUCCAAAAGAACGAGAGCGUACUGAAAGCCAAAGCCAUCGUUUCGUUCCACAAUGGCAACUUCCAAGAGCUGUACCGUCUCUUAGAAAGCAGCAACUUUUCUCCAGCUUCGCAUCCAAAACUGCAAUCGUUAUGGUUAAAAGCGCACUACUUGGAAGCCGAAAAGCUACGAGGUCGACCUCUAGGAGCUGUUGGCAAAUACCGAGUACGACGCAAAUUUCCACUGCCGAGGACAAUUUGGGAUGGUGAGGAAACUAGCUAUUGCUUCAAGGAAAAAUCGAGGAAUAUUCUACGAGAGUGGUACUCACAUAAUCCUUAUCCUUCUCCUCGUGAAAAGCGGGAGCUGGCAGAGAAUACAGGACUCACCACGACACAAGUCAGUAACUGGUUCAAGAAUCGAAGACAGCGCGACCGAGCAGCCGAAGCAAAAAUAAGGGAACUGACAAACGACGCUCGAAACGGCAAGCUGUUAUCUAACGAUAAGCAAGGCAACAUGGACGCCAAGAAAUGCGUAACGACUGACUUUUCACAAUGCUUGUCUCAAAGCAUUCCAGUGAACGUGAAACUCGAAGUCGAUGAAGCAACAUUAAUGGGAGUAGCACACCAUGCAGACUCAGUAAAUGAUUUCAGCCAAGGACUACAGGACUCAAACAUGUUAACCACUCUCACAAAUUCGUUAGUGGGACUGUGAAAAGUCUGGUUAGAUCUCAAUCUUAUUGUAUUAUUGUUCAGCCUUUCCCCUCAUUCACUUUUACCACAAGACCAAGUCCAAUUUCACUAAGAGAAGACGUUUAUCGCAGAGGCUUUCAACGCACCAAUAAUAAUUGCGUGUUAACUCAARUUGAAAAUGUCACAUCGACUUGUAACAUUGAGCCCAUUCACCAAAACAUUAACAGUUUUAACGUAGAAGUUCGGCGACAAACUGUGUGUGUUUUUUUCACACGAAUCCAAUCAAGAGCGUUGUAAAGAAAACGGUAUUUCCGCUCAUCGUGAGAGGAGCUUAGUCAAUCCCAUGUAAAGCUUCAGUAUACUUUUUUAAAGAAAAAAAAAAGAAUUACAUUCAUCCUGCUCCUUUCGUUUACCUACCUUCGUUUGGCGAUUAGAGCUUAACACACAUUAACAGUGUGAAAGGAAUCAACUUUGAAUUGUCAUUUACAUUGUCCUAAGUCAUGAGCCAAUAGUCAAUGUUUUGCUAGCCGUCGGCUAACCGAGUGUUACCAAGUUUUAUCAUGUAUAUGCCUUCAUAAUGGUAAACCUUACAAGUAUGUAUUCUUCAGAUAUUCAAUCCCGAUUGUACAAAUUAUAUAUACACAUUAUACAUAAUAUUUGUACGAGGUAAUGUUCUUUAUACCAUGCUACGCUAAUUCAGGUGUAAUAUGCUUAUUAAGGAAAACCUUUAGUUUUAUUUGGGGUAGGAUAAGCGGCUUCCUUACUGACGAGAAACCCUAGGUCUUUCCGCCAAAACCCAUGAAUCAAGAGAAGCUCAUUUUACAUUCGACCCCCAUUCUCAUAUAUCUCAUAUCAUUAACUCCUUGGAAAUCGAAAACCUAAAACCAAUCGACCCGCAUCAUUUGGAAUACGAUAGAUGGUGAGAUUCGUGGCGAAAGGCUUCUCUUUUAGCGAAAACAAAGAGGAGAGUCAACCGUUUAUUCGAUACAACGUCUUCACUGCUGGUUGCUGACUCAUUCAUCGCGGUGCGUCCAUCUUCGCUCACGGUGUACAAGUAGAUGAAGUUAUCAUGCGAACCAACUGCGAUAUAUUUACCAUCUGUGGAAGUUGAAGAAAUUAGAGCAAGUGAAAACUAUGGACAAUUAAUGGGAUAAUGCAAAAAGUUGGUCUGAAUAUAUGUUCAUACAACAACCAGUCUAUCACGACCCCCUCCUGAAAGGAACUGUCCAUCCUCUAGAGCACACAACGAGAAUAUCGGCCCUUCAUGUGCGCCCAAUACUGCCUUACCGAUACGAUUGGCACCUGAGCACACAGAACAUACAUCAUCAUUCCUUUCGAAUAUGGUACACUUUUAUAGUGCUUGGAAGGAUCAAGGAUCAGCAGAUAACAUGUUUCCGUCACUCAAGAAACAUAUGCAUAAAACGAAACGAGGCUUGUCAAAUUUCUGGAGGAUAAAAUCAAAUUAAAGGGGAUAGUUCCUGCGCAGACAUCCUUAAAGUUGUAUUGUUGAGUAACGACGCUAAGGAUGAGACCGGCGUGGUAGGCUGCAUGCAUGGGGAAGGAAAAGAAAAGAUGUGGCUUGGCGUGACAUGACGUGACGUGACGUGACGUGACGUGCCCUGACCGUAACGGUGCUUUUUCCAAGCAUUUUCAUUGGAUUAUCAGUAAUAACGUGCGCUGUGUGUGGUUGAAAUGGUUUUGUCGUUUCGAUUCCUUGGCGGUGUCUUCUGUAUUGCCAUAUGAUAUUCAUAUGGAAACUAGCAUAUUAAGGCCCCACAGGAUAAAGCAGCGCAGAUGAACAUUUUGUAUUCUAGUUGUAUGCCACCAGAAAAAUGAAUAAACCUACCCCGUACACUCCCAUCUUCUUGGAAAGUCCUCCUGACUCCAACACGGUCCAAAACGCAAUAUGAGACUUGCCACAUGUCACGAUGAUUGACAGGUCACGUGGAUGACAGGCGAUCAUCAGCACGGGAUCACUAGAGCCCUACGAGGUAUGAGAUACUUUAGAAUUACCAAAGAUACGUACCACGUACCACUGGCUUAGAGAUAGGGCAAGGGAUAGGGGUACAAGGCAUCUCGGUACAAGGGGUAUUUUUACAAGGAAUCUCGAAAUGAUUGAGAAGUGUUAUAUUUUUUCAACUACAUGGCUCUCUCCAUGACUGAUACGCAUGAAGUUACUGCGGAUUUGGUGAGAAUUUUCGCGCCAAAUACGCGCGCGCGCGUGCGCUCGCCCACACCCAUCCCAUAACUUUGGAACUUUCACUGCGCAAAUGAAGCGCACAAGCCCUACACGCAUCAAGCAACAAACUUGUUUGAAGCUGAGAUAUUUCUGGAACAUUUUACCUUGUUUUCAGUUAUCUUGCGUUUGGUUUCCCAUUCCCAGUAGGAAAUCACGUGUUCAUUAGCUUCGUCCACCACCAAAAGAUGGCGGCCGCCGUCCUGCACGAAGAUAAUGUAGAGAUAGAUGUUUAAAACUGAUAGAAAAAUAUAUUAGUAAAAUGAUUAAAUAGAUUUACGAACCUGAAUGGAGAAGGCCAAGCAUGAUAUUGCUCGCUCGAAGUCUCCUAUCCCGAGAACUUGCAAUGUUUCUAACGUCAACGAGUUCCAUAUUCGCACGUGGGGCUAGAAUAAUGGGUUUGAGUUAAUAAUGAGUUAAUAUUUAUUUAGCCAGCGUAGCAGGGAGACUUGGUAGGGGGAUUGGUAACAUGGGGACCUUCUGUUACAACCCAGCUCUCGCAACUGAGCGGGAUUAUUGAUAUAAAAAAUGGACUUCAAGUCCUGAUUUGUCAUACCCCUACUAAUAGAAUUCAAGGUUAUAACUGCGAGUUAGUGAAAACAAUGACUAGUCAAAUACAUAAUGAAACCUUUACAUGCGCUAACAAAUGCAUGGGUAAUCCAAUGAUCAAUGAUAUUGUCUUGAUAAUUGAAGGAUAGGGGAGAUAAAGUAUGAUUCCUUCGUGUUGUAAUAGUUAAAGGGUUGUAUCGAUUCGUUUUGAAUAAAACAGUUGCAA